AUGGCGUUUGUUGGAACUGAUAUUUCCGGCUUGCCAUCAAUUAAGCAAUGUUCUUGGUCUCAUUUUCAGAACAUUAUUGCUGUCAUACCGAGUGAUGGCAGCGUCCAUUUUUAUUCGGAUAAUGGAAAUGAAUCUUCAUUUCCUGCAAUUUCCAGAAAUGCACAAGCAACAGCAAUUGAAUGGUGUCCAAAUUGCGAUGUCCUUGCCAUUGGUUGGAAUGAUGGUUUCGUUACAGUUUGGAAUAAUGGAAAAGUUCAAAAUUCGUCUCAAUCAUUAAAAGCAUCUAUCAACUUACUUAGCUGGCAUUCGACAAUCCCCAUCUUUUUAUCAGCCGCAGAAAACGGAAAUGUGAUUGCUUGGGAUGGAUCUUCUGCUCCACGCCAAAUAUACAUGGCAAAAGGCAAAAAUCCAUUUGCUAAAGCCGCUUGGAUCCAUAAGGAAAUGCUCUACGCCUUUCUUGCAGAUAUUGAUGGACAUUUAUUCGGUUUUGAAAACAAUACAUCCGGAAAUCUUGUUGAAAUUUGCGAUUGCCCAGUUCCAAUACAUUCGUUGACAAUAAUGCCUGCAGCCAAUAAGCUUCUUAUCAUUUCCGGAGAAAAUAUAUUAUCUCAAUAUUCCCUUCCACCAUCGAUUUCUAAACAAUCUCAAGUCAAAUUAAACGUCGGUGACGUUCCAACAUUGAUUAAACUCAAACCAGAUACGAUUUGCUACGCAAUUGGAAAUACAAUUAACAUAUCUAACGUUAACUCAGAUGAUACACAGAUUUUACGUACUCCAAACGAAGAAAACGUCACUUCUCUUUACUUCGAUGCCAUCGAUGCUGUUCUAUAUGCAACAACAGCACUCGGACACAUAAUUUCCUUCAGAUGCACAAUGAAAGGCAUCAAUAUGAAGGCUGGCUGGGCCGCACCAGUCAUUAAAGACCUCGGCAGUAAGGUUGAAUCAGCUCUUUGGUCACAAUCUUGCACAUCAUUUGUUGCAACAGCAAAUGGUCGUCGUCCUCUUAUUUUCAGACACGUUUUAACACGUACGCUAUCAAAUAAAGAGGUUACUGUAUGGAUGAGUGAUCCAAAAACCUUAGUUUCUGGUAAUGGCAGAAGUAUCAAAUCAAAUCAAGUCAUUGAGUCCAUAAGUUCAAGCGGAUCCCAUGUUUUAGUAUCCACAGCCACACAAAACUCGAUUUACGCAGUCAGAAACAGCGAACUCACUCCAUUUAGAGAUAAUAUCACUACAAACACUCCGUUUACCACCAUUUACAACGAAAGUACUUACGAAGUCACUGGGCAAAGCCUCCUCAUCCGAAAUCUCCAAGGCGUUGUCAAACAAACGAUUUCAUUAGGUACUACUGCAAAAGUAACACAUUUCGUAGCCAAUGGAGCAUAUUUAUGCAUUGUUACUGAUGAUCUCUGCAUUUUCCUGUUCAAAACUCUCCGCAGGCAGCCAGAUCUCCAGUUUUCAACAAUGUUUUGGGCUGAUUACGAUACCUUCCGCAUCAGAGACGUUUCUGUUUCAUGUGGAGGUUUCUGCAUCUCUUUAACCAUCGAUAUCUUCGAAGACGACACUUGGAAACCUGCCCCUGAUUUAUACCUUCAUUCCCCCCAAUUUGACAAAACCGUUUCAAUUCCAUUUGACGGAAAAGUACCAAAAGAACAUUCCUGGGACAAUGAAGAUCCUCGAUUAUUAUGUGUACAAGUUGUUCCAUAUUCGAAUACAUUUGAAUCGAAACUGACUGGAUCACAAGUUUUUCCUCUGUUUGUUGCUGAUUCUCUUGAAGUUUUCAGACAAACACCUUUGACUGUUGAUGAUUCCAGGCAUCUUUGCGGUGUUGAUCUUCCUAAUGUCCUCAUGACUGAUUACUCCAGCGCGCCAGGAUAUUCAGUUCUUCCUCAAUUCGAAGGUUUAGACAAUGUUGACGAAGAAUCAAAGAAAGCAUUGAUGGAACUGAACUUCCACUUGGCAACAGGAGACAUUGACGCCGCAUUCAAUGCAAUCAGAGGUAUUAAUAACAAGAGAACAUGGAGAUCUUUGGCACAAACAUGCGCUCAAAUGAGAAGAAUCGAUUUGGCAGAUUUAUGUUUCGGAAAAAUGGAAGAUGGCGGAAGUGCAAUUUUACUUCAUCAAGCAAGAACUAAAGGGGAAAGCGAUGUAGACGCAAUGGUUGUUGUCGACACACAGUUAGGUAUCUACAAUGAAGCUAAAGAUGUCGCAAAGGCAAACAGAAGAUUCGAUCUCCUCGCAAAAGUCUCUCAAAGCCAAGGAGAUUUUCCUGAAGCACUAAAAAUUGCGACAACUUCUGACAGAAUUCACAAGAGAUCUAUUGCGUACCAAUACGCGAGAAGUCUUGAAAUACACGGCGAAAUGGAUGAAGCUGUGAAGAAAUACGAAAAAUCAGGAACUCUUGGCGAUGAAUUACCAAGAUUAGCUGUGCAAAGUGAUGAUUUCAAAUUAAUCUUUAAUUACGUUGAAGAAAGGAAUGUUUCUGAUGUUCCAAAACAAAUUUUAUUAUGGCUCGCGAGGUUUUUCGAAGCGCACAACCAAGUGGAACUCUCUCUCAGAUACUACGAGUACGCGGGCGCAUCAACAGAAUACGUCAGACUCCUCUGCAUCAACGGACAAUGGGAAGAAGCAUCGAAAUACGUGAAAAAGAGUCGCCAAAGAAGUGUAAUUUGCCAGUACGCGAGACUUUUGAUGAGGAAAGUGGACUAUUUGACGGAGAAGAACGAAAUGGAACAAGCGAAUAAGCUGAAGCACGAAGUCAUUGAGCAGUUCAGAAGAGCAAGACAGUUCGGACAAGCGAUGGCUUAUGCUUUGGACAAAGAAAUGGUAGAUGACAUUUUAUCUCUUUCUUUCUCAGCACCACAAACAACUGUUUGCAAGGCCGCACAGUGGUUUGAGUCCCAGAAAGAGAUAAAGAACGCAAUCCUCUUGUACUCAAGAGCAGGAAGAUUAAACAGAGCGUUGACAUUGUGCUUCAAGAACAAACAAUACGACGCUUUGGAUGAAAUCUCUGAUUCUUUGACAGCAAAAACAGAUUCUUCAGUUUUAAUUCGAUGCGGAAAAUAUUUUGUCGAAUCAGAAAGAUGGUCAAGAGCUGCACAAUGUUAUGCUCUUGCUCAGCAAUUCGACAUUGUCAUCGAAUUAUGUAACCAACACAACAUAAAGAUCUCUCAAAAUGUCAUCCAACAAUUGUCUGAAAAUGCUUCUUCAGAUGAAGAAGUUCUCAAGAGAUUUGCCGCUCUUUGCGAACAACAAAGAGAUUUCACAACAGCGUCAAAGCUCUAUCUCAAGCUAAAGGACUAUUUGGCAUCAAUCAAAGUCUUAAUCAGAGCUGGAGAUACUCAAAAAGUUGUGAAAUUUGCAAAAACAUUCAGAAGAAGAGAAGGAUACAUUUUGGCCGCAAACUACUUGCAAACAUUGUCUACACAUGAUAAUCCACAAGUGUUUGAGACAAUCGUCGAUUUCUAUAACAGAGCAGGAGCUCCUGAUAAAUUGGCAAGGUUCUAUGAAUCAGCAGCUCAAGUUGAAAUUGACGAAUACCAGAAUUAUUCGAAAGGUUUGGAGUUGAUACAGAAAAGUAUCGAAGUUUUGGAUGUAACGGAAGGAAUGAAGAACAAAGAAACAAUCAUGAAAUCAUUAGUUAUGAAAACUAAGCUGAUUUCGCUCUACAUCCAGGCAACUCAGUUAGUUCAAACUGAUUCAAAGAAGGCAAUCGCAAUUUGUGUGGAAUUGUUGAGAACAAAGGAAAUUGAAACUUGUUUGAGAUCUGAUGACGUUUACAUUUUGAUGGUUCAAUGCUAUGUGGCACAAGGAAACUUCAAGAAUGCGUAUAAGAUUCUUGAAGACUUGAGAGGAAGUGGAACUGAUAUCACGUGGUUUUUGGAUAUCAACGAAAUUGACAAAAUUUAUAACGCUGCUGGACAGAAAUAUGAUGGUCCUAGAGGAGACCAACACGGUAAUGACUAUGAUGAUAUUGAUGACGCUGAUAUCGAUGAUAUAGGUGCUUAA